AUAUCAUGAUAAAUAAUGACUCCUUUAUUAUUUGUGACUCCAACCUAAUAGUCGCGCCUAAAUGUGUUAGAUACAGAAAUAUACGUUUUUUUGGAAAUUGUAUAUAAUGACUUCAUAGAAUUGAAUAUAUGCUCUGAUCAAUUGAAGCAUUAAACAUGCACCCCCUGGUACCAUUCUCAGUAUCGCUGAUUGCUUGUUAAAAUAGUCCACACAAACAUCGCUAUAUUGCUAUGUAAACAGCCAUGACCAUAAUCUGUUGACAGAUAUCAACAGAUAACAGUUAAGGGUAUCACCAUCACUGAAAGUAAUCCAUUAGGAAACACUUUGCUGAAAGCUUUGCAAUAAAGCCCACACAAUCCUCUGCCAUAAACACCAAUUCCCCUCUUUAACAUUUUAGAAAAUGGACUUUUUCACAGCUUCCCAAAAAUGGCCCAGGCAGUCACAUCUGACAAUCCUGAUUACCCCACGCAAGUCCACAUCAUGGGACCUGAGUCUACAGGGUUUACGUACGGGAGUCGCCUGGAAGGCCCAAGUAUGGAGUAUGACAUCACUUCAAACUCUGCAUAAAUACAGCGAGCGUGUGUGUCAGUCAAAGACAACCAUCUGCAGGAGCCAACAUGCGGUGGGCCGUGCUCGUGGCGGUGGCGUUGUGGUGCUGUGUGGCGGAGGUGCGGCUGCAGGACCAGGGGUACACCCUGAGGCUGUGCGGCCGGGAGCUGCUCCGGGCCGUGGUCUACACCUGCGGGGGAUCCCGCUGGAGGAGGCUCUUGGAGACCAGAGACUUUGGUCAUACAUCGCCCAGCCUUCUGGGCAGGAGUGUGGACCCCAAGAGAGGCCUGCAGAAGAGAGACGUGAACCAGUACCUGACCUUCAUGUGCUGUCAGAUAGGCUGUCGGAAGAGUGACCUGUCCAAGCUAUGCUAGGCCGCCGGGACCGUGGACAAGGUCAAAGGUUGACCUCGGUUUGGCCGCACUAAAGCGUGGAAGGCAAAGAUGAUGGGAUCAUCUGCUAUUUACUGUGACUAUGCCGGGAUAAUUAUUAUACUGCAACAAUAAAG